AUGACCCUUGACUACUCCCCCUCUCCGGCUCACCCUUCAAACCCUCAUAACCCGCAGCAACAACAGCAGCACCAUUCCACCUUCCCCCCUUCAUCUGACUUCGAUCGCGCACUUGCCGGCGGCCCUCGUCCGAAUCACGCAUUUGAUCAGCAGGACGGCAUGGACAUUUCGUCGGAGCAGUCUAACUACGAGUAUUUCCCGUCUUCAAAUGGUGGUGCUGCCUUUGGCUCUCGCUACAGAACCAAUGCGUCCUCGUCCUCCUCACUCGGUCAGGGAUACCCAGGCCUCGGAUCAGAGUCACUAUACCCACAUGCUUCCUCUCCCUUCGCUGACUCCCUGUCUUCCUUCCCCCCGAAUGGCCGUAAUUCCUUUGACCUUGUAAAUGGCCUCCCGUCUUCUUACUCCAGCGGCAAAGUUUCUCCGCUGACACCUAACGAUUCUGUUGUUGGUCUCCAGAACUCUCCGGGAUUUCCUAACCUUGGCAACGGCAUCGGCAAAGAUGCAUUCCAACCGAGCUAUAGUGAACUCAUGAACGACAGAAGAGCGUCCAACGUCAGCACGGGUAGUUUCCAGUCGGACUUCCCUGAUGACUUUAGCUCGAAUGGUGCUCUGGGGCUCGGAUUCUCGUCUCCGUCCUCGAUACCACACUUUCAGGAGCGGAUUUCACAUUUUCCUGGAGGGCAUUCGGGGGCAUCACAACUGCAUCACCACUCCUCUCUGGACAUGAUGCGAGGUGUAAAUCCGCACGCAACGCAUGGCAGCGUCGGGGGAUUUGACGAUAUGGGACCUUUCCCCUCUAUUGCGCCCUCGACGGAUUUGCUUCGGUUACCGGGCCAGACUAUUGGCGCGGACGAAAUGCUUUCUCGCAUGAAGCUCCAGGCACAUAUCGGCAUGGGUGCCGCUACAGACUUGCAAUCGUUCAUCAGGCCGUAUUUGGAUCAAUACACUCGCGCACCAAACCGAAUUGCUUUUGGCGAACGUACGGUGAUCGUCAUGUCAUCCCGCGUCGCGCAGAAGUCAUAUGGGACAGAGAAGCGUUUCCUCUGUCCGCCCCCGACGGCGAUCAUGAUCGGUAACUCGUGGUGGUCUGAAACGACAAGGCGCGGCGAGGAGCCGAAGCAGGCACCGCCACGCGUCGUCAUCUCCAUAUCUGGCGAACCGAUGCCGCAGGAGGGCAGCGUCGAGUGGACUUCGACGUCUGGCAAAGCAUUCGACGUGAACGACCCGCCUGCUGGGACCACCUUCAUCGGCCGCUGUGUUGGAAAACAGCUCUAUAUCUCCGACGUUGACGAAAAGAAGAAAAAGGUGGAGGCGCUCGUGAAGAUCAUGGCGCCUGCAUCUGAUGAUGAGCCAGAGCGUGUCAUCGGUGUUUUCCCUUCCCGUCCCAUUAAAGUCAUCAGCAAGCCUAGUAAGAAGCGGCAAAGCGCGAAAAAUCUCGAGUUGUGUAUCAAUCACGGUUCCACCAUCUCUCUGUUCCAUCGACUGCGGUCGCAGACAGUUUCGACAAAAUAUCUUUGCGUUUCUGGUUCGGGCGCAUCUUUCAAGGGUUCUGACGGCGCAUCGCUUAUGGGUGUUGACCAGAGGACACGGACAGCCACACCGUCUUUCAUUGCGCGUACUGCUAGCUGGGAUCCUUUCGUUAUGUACAUCGUCGAUGUGAACAAGCCCGCCGGAGGCAUUGAUGCACCGCCUCCUCCGCCACCUCAGGCCGACUAUCCCUCUCCUCCGCCGAACGCAAUUCCAUUUACGAACAACGGCUCGCAAAUCCCCAUCUUCUACAACCAGACAGUUGUCCUGCAGUGCCUUACGUCGGGCGUUGUUUCUCCAGUUCUUAUCAUCCGAAAAGUUGAUCACAGCACUACCGUCGUAGGCGGCGGUCUUGCAGAGGGUGCAAAGGGUGUAGCCGAUCACUACUGCGCACUAGGUGAAGUGUGCGGUGACCCCGUAUCGCAAUUGCACAAAAUCGCAUUUGAAGUUUAUGACGCAAACAAGGGUGUUCCCGAACCGGGUACUCCUGGUCUCACUGGCGCAUUCCUCUCGUGCAUGGGCGAGAAGGUAAACACUUACCGCCCCGUCGAGGGACGCAUUUGGAAUACACCGCCUGCUGCACCGUCUUCCCGAGGUUCGAACUCGCCUGUGCAACCAAGUAGUCCAGUCGUUGGCACUCCGGCAUCUAUGGGCUCGGGUGCCCCUCCGUCAGACUACUUUUCUGGUGCCGGUCCAUCGUCUACCACAAGUGCUCCUGCGUCUCCGACGUCUUACGAAUUUCCUUCCAACGAUGGUGGACGUGUCAAACGCGGGAAGCGUUCGACGUCGAGCACAGGUGGAGGAAUCACCAAAACACACUCCGCAAAGGGCCGUCGGCGUCAGAACUCAGCAGGUUCAACAUCGAGCAGCCGCCAUGGAUCAGGCGGCGAGCAGACGGCUUCUUCGGGCGCUCUGUGGUCUGUCGACAUCGGCGAGACAAGCGUGUGGACAAUCGUCGGUACGGACCAAAUCCGGUACAACUUCUAUGUUCCGCCGGUUCUCUUUGACCAGCAGACACCGAAUGUAACUGGUUCAUACCCGAUUCCGUCGAAGCCGGUUACGCCAUUCCCGGGUGUUGUGAAAUACUUGCCUCCCGACCGCGCCGCGGAGGCUCCAAAGUCUACCUGCCCUCAAUCGCGGGCGGCUUUGGCAAAGCCGAAUCCGCAUGCAUCGAAGAUGUUGACUCUCUACGGGGAGAACUUCAAUAAAGCCGAUCCGGUAACAGUGUUCUUUGGCCCAGAUCCGUCACCGUACGUCGAAGUGCGGUGUACUGAGGUCAUCGGAUGCUUGCCACCCGAAAGUCAAUCGACGAAGCGGAGACCAAUUAUUCUCGUCCGCUCCGACGGUGUUGUUUUGCCGUCUAACACUAUGUAUCCAUAG